AAUUCACUGUAAAUUGCAAAAGGGGAAGUGACUCAACAUCAUCAGAAUUUGUAAAUAUUGGCCAAUAUUCGUUGUAUUUUUGUGCAGAACUUAAUUAAAUCGAGAUCAUGAGUCUUCUUGGGAAGUUGUUUGGUACGGGGAAAAAUAAGGAUAAGACCCCCUCACCACAGGAGGCCAUACAGAGGCUGAGAGAGAUCGAGGAAAUGUUGAUGAAAAAAUCUGAUUUCUUGGAGAAAAAGGUGGAACAGGAACUGACCACAGCAAAGAAGAAUGGUACCAAAAAUAAAAGAGUUGCUCUGGCGGCUUUGAAACGUAAGAAGAGGUAUGAAAAACAACUACAGCAGAUUGACGGAACAUUGUCCACCAUUGAAUUCCAGAGAGAGGCUCUGGAGAACGCCAGUACAAAUACAGAAGUAUUGAAGGUCAUGGGUUCAGCUGCUAAAGCUCUCAAGGGAGCUCACAAUAAUAUGGAUGUUGACAAGGUACAUGACCUGAUGGAUGAAGUAGCAGAACAACAAGAAAUAGCUGCGGAAAUUUCCGAUGCUAUCUCUAACCCUGUAGGAUUUGGUUCUACAGAAGACGAGGAUGACCUUUUAGCUGAACUAGAGGAAUUAGAACAGGAAGAAAUAGAUGAACAAUUGAUUGGUGUCCCCACAGCAACAGACAAACUUCCAUCUGUACCCACCGACGAGUUAUCUGUACCCUCCACCUCCAAAAGCAAGGCAAAAGCUCAUGAGGAUGAUGAUGAAUUAAAGGAACUUGAGAUGUGGGCAAGUUAGGUUAAUCAUGCAUUGACCAACUCGGUCUCACUGCUGUGAUGAGGUGUGUGAGUGUACUCGUGGAAAACGAACACAAACAAACCAGACCUUUUAUUUAAUGUGUUACCGAGUAUUUUUUAAAAACUUUGAAUGUAGGUAUUUGGGCUGGAGGUUGUGUCAUUUCCAUUUAUUCUGGGGUGGGGAGGGGGGUUAAAUACUUUAUGGUGUAGAUAAAUUGAAAGAUAAUAUGCACUGUUAUUGCUUUUUAUAGCGAAUGUAUAUUUAUCAUUUUGAUUCGAAUUUCUUUACAUGUAUGUAAACUUUUCAAUAAAAUUAAUUGUAUAUUAUUUAUAUAGUUUCUGCUAAUCACCUAGAUAAUGUGUGUAACUUUUUUUCCCUAUUGUUGUAAUUUCGAUCUCGACAUAUCACAACUGUAUUGCUUUUCAUAAAUAAGAAAAAAUUAGCAAAUCUCAGAUUCAGUGUGAAGCAUUGCCAUUCUGAAGGACAGUCAGAAUGGUUUAUGUAGUUUGAAGAAAUCAUACUCCAAUUUUGUUUGUAGUUUUUUUUUCAGUGACGAUGAAGUAGAUUGAUUGGUUUAUUUAGUGCUGUAUUUACUUUGUGAUGUAAUUAGGUAUUAGCUAAUGUGAUUAUGUAAUAGUAGAUGUCCUUUCCUGUUACUUUGUAAAUAAACAUACAUUAUAUA